AUGGCAUCUGCGAGCUUCCAGAAAUUAAUCUCUUGCAAUAACAAAAAACGUCAUGUUACUAGCAUUGGUGCAGAAUCUAUUACACCGGCAAUUAUUUGCGUUGUUGAAUGUAAAGAAUAUAAACAUGAAUAUUUUCCACAUUAUUAUCGUGAUUGUAUUCAAAAGACGAAAUAUAUUCCAUCUAAGCUUAGUUAUAAUUCAAAACUAUUUUAUUUUGGUGGUCAACGAGCUUUUAAACGAAAAAUAUUUAUUAUAUUUACAUCGAAUUUUGUUACAUGUCAUCUAACAUACAAUAGUUAUUGUGAUGCGCAUCGAGCCACAAUAAAAGAUUCUUAUCCUUCAACUAAUCCUAUUUUAGAUCCAAAAAUAUUCCAACAUAAUCAUUUUAUAUUUGAACUUUGUCGUUUUGUAUUUAUGUUAACAACAAGUGAAUUUUCUGAAAUACAACUAGAUUAUUUAUCGGAUGAACAUGAUCGAUACUUCAGAGAAAAAAAUAGUACUUUAUAUUCGUUAUUUGCUAAUAGAACCGUAUGCAAUUAUGAUAAUGUUAUUGAUUUAUCAAUACCAGAACUUGGACCAAUACUUAUUGGAUGCUAUGAGACCCCAGUUCGACGUAACAGCGGUAUUCAUCAUGAUAAUACGGUCUGUUCAGGUUGUGGACAAUCACCAGUUUAUGGUAUUCGCUGGAGAUGUGGUGAUUGUCCAAAUGUUGAUUUAUGUUCAAUGUGUUAUCACGGUGAUAGACAUAAUAUUCGUCAUCGAUUUUGUCGCAUCCUCGCAUCAAACGGUGAAAGGUAAGUUUCAUAUUAACUAUCUUUGUAUCUUAAACAAUAUUUUGAUACUAACGGGAAAUCCCCAUUUCCCUUUAGUAUUUUUCAUUUUUCUCGUGUUCCUUUAAGACCUUAAGGUUAAUGGUUUUUUCUAAAAGAUGCGCCGCAAAAUAGUCUACAAAAUCCUACCUAAACUUUAAUUCCAGAACUUCAAUCAAGAAAACUAAGUAAAUUAUACGAGUAAAAAUGGAAACUUUCUAAAUUUGUUUUUUUUUCUACUUGAACAUUUUCUUCUGCUAUUAUUUACGUAAAAAAGUAUAGCAAACGUGAGAACUCACGAGGGAACCUAUCCAACUGUCGGACGCCGUUUGACUCCAUAUUUUGGCUAUAAGUAGGACUCAGUGAGACUAAGAAAAUCCUAAAAGGGUUCGGGCCCAUGACUCUUGAAGACCCCGUUUUCUGG